CGUCGCCCGCCGGCCUUCUCUCCCAGUCCAACGGACGCGCGCCGCGCGGGAGCCCCCCGGCAACCAACAAAAGCCGAAAAGCUCUGGCUCUCCCCCACCCAACCACCCGCAUCGGCCGUGCCGCCAGCCAGCCGCCAGAUACUCUUCCUCCACUCCCCCUCCCUUUCGACUCCCCCCCAACCCGCGCCGGCGAUGAGGUGGGGCGCGGCGGAGCCGGACGCGGUCCUCGAGCGGAUCUGGGACCUCCACGACCGCCUCAGCGACGCCAUCCUCGCGUCCUCGCGCGCCCACCUCCUGCUGCCCCCGCCGCCUCCCCCGCCCCCGACCGCGCCGCCCGCCGGGGGGGCCCGCCCUCGCUGCGGCGGCGGGGGCGGGAGGGACGGGUGCGUCUUCGUCAAGGGCGGCGGGGCGGCCGCGGAGGAGGCCGUGGCCGAGGCCCGGAGCCUGCACGCCAUCCGCUCCGCGCUCGAGGACCUCGAGGACCACCUCCAGUUCCUGCACACUGUUCAAUCGCAACAGCGGGCUGAGCGAGAUGCUGCAAUUGCUAGACUGGAGCAAAGCCGUCUAGUCCUUGCUAUGCGAUUAGCAGAACAUCAGGGGAAGAGGUACAGAGUCAUCGACGAGGCCUUGGCAUUUGUGGGUGAAGUUAGUGACAAGAGUCGAUUUAUCUCACCAGAAGACGUCUGUGCGACCCAGUCAGAGGAUGAUGCAGUGGACAACAGGGGCAGUGGUUCAAGGAUCAUGUCAAGCAUGCUAUCAUGUAGUUUGUCUUUGGCCAAGAAUUCAUUUCGUCUGGACAAGAUCGGUGGUGCUUUGGGUAAUGCUGCGGUAUUUGCAGUAAGUAUGCUUGCUUUCUUGCAGCUGCAUCAAAUCACAUUUGGAAGUAAAACUCCAGCCAUGGGAUACAGGAAGAGAAUUGAGUACAGUUUUCAAUCUGGGAGCUCACAGCAGAAAGGGAAAGGGAAACAUUUGGAGGUUUACCUAGCCAGAGGAUGAGGAAUUAUUAGAUCACACCGUUUGCUGUACAGAAAGUUUUGACCAAAUAUCAAUUUUUGUUGGUUUUGUUAGGGCACUGAUCAUUCUUUACUACGACAGGCUGGACCCUGAUCCAGGCAACCAGGAAACUGACUGUCCAAUUCUUUUUGGAUGGAUUGGAAGGAUGCUAUGAAUUGUACCCCCCCAAAUUGUAUAUGGCUUUGUUCUUAGAGAUGGAUUGUUUGUAAACCGUGUCUUCAAGGAAACUUAAAUGGUUGUGUUUUGAAGGCGAAAGCCUUCCAUACCAUCCUCCCUCCACUUGCUUGACAGUUUUGAUCAUGUUGAUUCUACGAAAGACAACUGCCGCUUGGGUGCUAUUGAGAGCUGUGUUCAAGGUUC